GCAUAUUAUAUCCUUUUCCCUAUUAAAAAUAACAAAUAUAUUUGUGUCUUAGAGAUUCUUCGAGACAUUGGGUGGUAAGAGAUUCUUUGGGGCCCAUUGUUUGGGAGUUGUUCUCUCCGUGAAUCCUUGUUUAUGGUGGAGCAGGAAGGAACAUGAAGAAUGAUGGAAUUGAUUCUGCCAACAUUUCUGCUUUACACUGUAUCGAUCUCUCCAGCCCUGACAUUCAUACCUCUGUUUCUCUCCUCAAACAGGCUUGCUUAGAUUCGGGAUUUUUCUAUGUUGUCAAUCAUGGUAUUAGCCAGGAGUUUAUGGAUGAGGUUUUCGCUCAAAGCAAAAAGCUCUUUGAUCUUCCUUUGGAAGAGAAGAUGAAGCUUCUUAGAAAUGAAAAACAUCGGGGCUACACUCCUAGUCUAGAUGAACAUUUGGAUCCUGACAAUCAAAUAAAUGGUGACUAUAAGGAGGGAUAUUACAUUGGUGUUGAAGUACCUGAAGAUGAUCCUGAAGCUCAGAGACCAUUUUAUGGGUCAAAUGUGUGGCCUACUGCAGGUACCUUGCCUGGAUGGAAGGAAACUAUGAAGAAGUAUCAUCAAGAGGCACUUGAGGUGACAAAAGCAGUAUCAAGGCUCAUAGCCCUUGCACUUGAUCUUGAUGUUGACUUUUUUGAUCGGCCAGAGUUUCUUGGCAGACCAAUUGCUACUUUGCGCCUACUGCAUUAUGAAGGCAAACUUUCUGAUCCAUCAAAUGGAAUUUUUGGAGCUGGUGCACAUUCUGACUAUGGUCUGAUAACUCUUUUGGCCACAGAUGAUGUCUCUGGCCUUCAGAUAUGCAAGGAUAAGGAUGCAAAGCCUCAGAUUUGGGAGUAUGUGCCACCAUUGAAAGGUGCUUUUGUAGUGAAUCUUGGUGAUAUGCUUGAGCGCUGGAGCAAUGGUGUUUUCAGAUCAACACUGCAUCGGGUCCUUGCAAAUGGUCAAGAAAGAUUUUCUAUUGCAUAUUUUAUGGAGCCAAGUCACGACUGUCUUGUUGAAUGCUUGCCAACCUGCCAAUCAAAAGUCAACCCACCGAGGUAUCCUCCAAUCAAAUGCGAGACGUACUUGCUCCAACGUUACAAAGACACUCAUGCUGAUAGAAAUUCUUACAAAUGAGAUUCUUGGUAACUGGUAAAAUACAAAUGGCGCCGCACAUUUCUUGCACAUAUUAUAAUGGCGAAUAAUGUUGGACUGGCUUGUGGUUUAAUCUGUAUCUGCAGUUACUUGAGAAUGUGUGAUAGAAUUGUAUAAUGGUUUAUAGUUUGAAUAUUCACCAUGUAGGUAGUAGUACAUUUAUACAACUUUGCUGUCUUUUGCUAUCCACUCAUCCACUUUUGUAAAGGAGGGAACAACUAUUGUUGAAAGACUUCUAUACAGAUAAUACUUUUUAGUUUUUAAUUUUAGAAGAAUGAGUCUUUCCUA